UGUUCUCCUUGGCUUUGCUAGGCUCUGUAUGUGGCAAAUUUUGCAAAAGUUCAAGAAAAAACCCAAAUCCUCAAUGAAGAAUGGAAGCAACGCCGUGUCCAGCCUGUGCAGUCGAUGAAGCCUGUGAGCGGACACCCUUUCCUCAAAAAGUGCACCAUUGAGAGCCUCUUCCCAGGCUUCGCCAGCCAGCACAUGCUGAUGUGCUCCCUGAACACUGUGGCGCUGGUGCCCAUCAUGUACUCCUGGUCGCCACUGCAGCAGAACUUCAUGGUGGAAGAUGAGACAGUUCUGUGCAAUAUUCCCUACAUGGGGGAUGAGGUGAAGGAAGAAGAUGAGACGUUCAUCGAGGAGCUGAUCAACAACUAUGACGGCAAAGUCCACGGCGAGGAAGACAUGAUUCCCGGCUCAGUCCUCAUCAGCGACGCUGUGUUCCUGGAGCUGGUAGAUGCCCUGAAUCGGCACUCAGAUGAGGAGGAGGAAGGCCACAACGACGCCGCCGACGGAAAGCAGGGUGACAGCCAGGAGGACCUGCCUGUGACCCGGAAGAGAAAGCGCCAUGCUGUGGAGGGCAACAAAAAGAGUUCCAAGAAACAGUUCCCCAAUGACAUGAUCUUCAGUGCCAUCGCCUCAAUGUUCCCCGAGAGCGGUGUCCCGGAUGACAUGAAGGAGAGGUACCGGGAGCUGACGGAGAUGUCGGACCCCAAUGCUCUCCCCCCGCAGUGCACACCCAACAUCGACGGCCCCGACGCCAAGUCCGUGCAGCGCGAACAGUCCCUGCACUCCUUCCACACGCUCUUCUGCCGCCGCUGCUUCAAGUACGACUGCUUCCUGCACCCUUUUCAUGCCACCCCCAACGUGUAUAAACGGAAGAACAAAGAAAUCAAGAUCGAACCAGAACCCUGUGGCUCCGACUGCUUUCUUCUGCUGGAGGGCGCCAAGGAGUACGCCAUGCUGCACAACCCCCGCUCCAAAUGCUCUGGGCGGCGGAGGCGAAGGCACCACGUGGUCAGCGCUUCCUGCCCCAACACCUCCACCUCCACCUCCACCGUGGCUGAGACAAAGGAAGGGGACAGCGACAGGGACACGGGCAACGACUGGGCCUCCAGUUCUUCAGAGGCCAACUCCCGCUGCCAGACCCCCACCAAGCAGAAGCCCAGCCCCGCCCCGCCCCACUUCUGCGUCGUGGAGGCCCCGUCCGAGCCCGUGGAGUGGACCGGGGCCGAGGAGUCCCUGUUCCGCGUCUUCCACGGCACCUACUUCAACAACUUCUGCUCCAUCGCCCGGCUGCUGGGCACCAAGACUUGCAAGCAGGUCUUCCAGUUUGCAGUCAAAGAAUCGCUCAUCCUGAAGCUGCCCACCGAUGAGCUCAUGAACCCCUCCCAGAAAAAGAAGAGGAAACACAGGUUAUGGGCCGCACACUGCAGGAAAAUCCAGCUGAAGAAAGACAACAGUGCCACGCAAGUGUACAACUACCAGCCCUGCGACCACCCGGACCGGCCCUGCGACAGCACCUGCCCCUGCAUCAUGACCCAGAAUUUCUGUGAGAAGUUCUGCCAGUGCAACCCAGACUGCCAGAACCGCUUCCCCGGCUGCCGCUGUAAGACCCAGUGCAACACCAAGCAGUGUCCCUGCUACCUGGCAGUGCGGGAGUGCGACCCUGACCUGUGCCUCACCUGCGGGGCCUCGGAGCACUGGGACUGCAAGGUGGUGUCCUGCAAGAACUGCAGCAUCCAGCGCGGCCUCAAGAAGCACCUGCUGCUGGCCCCCUCAGACGUGGCCGGCUGGGGCACCUUCAUCAAGGAGUCGGUGCAGAAGAACGAGUUCAUCUCCGAGUACUGCGGCGAGCUCAUCUCCCAGGAUGAGGCCGACCGGCGAGGGAAGGUCUAUGACAAAUACAUGUCCAGCUUCCUCUUCAACCUCAACAACGAUUUCGUUGUGGAUGCUACCCGGAAAGGGAAUAAAAUCCGAUUUGCAAACCAUUCGGUGAACCCCAACUGUUACGCCAAAGUGGUCAUGGUGAACGGAGACCACCGCAUCGGAAUCUUCGCCAAGAGGGCCAUCCAGGCUGGCGAAGAGCUCUUCUUUGACUACAGGUACAGCCAGGCCGACGCCCUCAAGUACGUGGGGAUCGAGCGGGAGGCUGAUGUCCUGUAGCUGUGCCGGCCAAACUUGGCACUGUCCUCGCUUUCACAGUCGCCCGCUGCUGCUCAGUCGCACUGUUGUCUUCCACGCCGAGAACCCCACCCCUCUGCAGUGAGGCCGCAGCUGUAUGCCGGGGACACCCCCAUCUCAGGAGGGGACAGGUGGCAGGGCUGGGUCCCCAGGUCUGGCUGCGGCCCCUGAGUCACUCAGGUUGCUCCUAGUGACCCGGCCUCAGCUCUCCUAGCAGGGCUCGCUGAUCAGGUGCCAGGCACAGCAGAGAGGGCCCCGGUCCCCAGAGCCUGGCAGGCAGCAGGGCUGGGGCAGGGGGACAAGCGUCACCUUCCUACUGCCUCCUCUGGCAGAGUCCAGACAGAAAGUGUGGGUUCCGGGGACAGAGGGAGACCCAGCUGGGUGACUGCGGUUCUGCUGGGAACUUGACCCUGGGGCCAACACUCGAGCAGGUGGGAAACUGUCUUCAGGUUCCAGGGAGCAGGUGUCCCCGUCCUUCCAAGCUGCAGCUCACCUCUGUGGCUGCACGCUGUGCUGCUCCUGACGAGUGGGCUGGGGGCAGUUGUUCCCUAGGGGAACACGGUGGGAUUUCCCAGCCAUCUGCCCACAUUCACAUUCAGGGUGAACACCGCAAGUCAGGGCGGCCGGGCCUCGGGGAUCCGCAGUGCUGGGUGCAGCAGCUGCCACUCUCUUCGGAGCUCCCGAAGAGCAAAGCACUUUAUUCCUUAGGGGUGUGAGCCUGAGGGUGGCCCAGAGCCUACUCGGGGGAGCAGCGAGGGGCCCCAGCUUCCCCAUUCUUCUCCUCCCUGAGAGGCCGGGCUGGGGAGCAGCGCCAGGGGCUGUCACCUGGAGGGAGUGGGGUUGGCCAGGCUGCACUGUGCCUGCCCAGCCUCGCCCAGCCCCCAGGCUGAUUCGGGACCUGCGGUGUGUGAGUUGGGGACCCUCGAGCUGGGCUGUGAAUCAGGAGCAGAGGCAGAGGAGGCAGGGCCCCAAGAGGGUGGGACAUGACUUUCCAGCCCCCAGAGAGGUUGGAGCGAGCCCUGGUCCCAGGCCUCCCCCCUGCGCCUCCAGGACUGAUCUGUGUCCUUACUGUCCCCCCUUCAGCCCUAAGGCCUCAGCAGCAGCCACCGCGGGUGAAUUCACGCACUUUACAGUCCUGUGGCUUGUGACCUCUUCCUUAAUAAAGCGUUGGUGCCACCUGGG